AUGGGCCGCAGCGAGACGUCAGGCUUCCGCGGCUAUCUUGUCCGCGUCCAAACAAAACAGGGCCGUGUUUAUCGCCACCGCAACCUCCGCUUGGUGCUCGACAAGAGCAAGAGCCACGGUCUUUCACUGCAGACACACCGGCUGUCCGACCACCACGAGGGGAUCACGUCCCACGAAGCGGGCGACCUCGGCAACAGUUCGUCGACGGACGGCCUGCCAGCGGUCGCCUGGCGGUCGUACGCCAGCAAGGACGGGGGCAAGAAGGCGGCCAGCGGGCGCCACAUCGGUGGCCACUACACGAUGCUCGAGGAGACCUCGCUCGACGAGUUUGUGCAGCUGGCCCACGCCAAUCCAACAAAACUGCCGCCGGGCGAGUCGUCGGGCGUGCACGUCGUCGCUCGGGACGCGGCCAGCCUCGACGACGACGAGCAGGUGGCCAAGCUCUACAGCCUCGGCAUUCUGUACGACAGCCCAAACCCAAAUGCGGCCGACCAUGCUGCGCCCGCCUCCGGCCUCAUCGACGGCCCACCCCCCACGACCGGCGAUGCUGCCUCUGCCUACCAGGCCGACAGCCUGGACACCAUCCGCCACGCGGAGCCGCUCUACACGGUGCGCCAUGUAGCAGCGAAGCGCAAGGGUAGACGUGUCGUGGGCCACAGCGCUGCGACGUCACCGCUGAAGACGUCGGCGUCGGAGACGGCCGAGGCUGGUGUUCGGCCCGCCGCGCAGGACGAUGACGGAGAUGACAGAGUGACCCCGCUCUAUGCACUGAACGGUGUCUGGGAAGACGCCGAGGGCCAGACAAUUGAUGGCCGUGCGCUGUUCAGCGACCUCGAAGAGUUUGAAUAUGUUGUGUUGGCGGACGACGACCUGGCGUCGCUCGCUGGGUCUUGGGUUGAUCUGGAGAGUGUACCGGACACGGAUGACGGCAAGUAA